AGCGCGGUUCCAGAGCAGGCCGCGGCUGUUCACGUGACCUCGUCGCUCCCGCAGCGGCCAAUCCGGUCUUCAGAAGUUAACCAUUUGACGCGAGGUGGGUGGUGGACCUCCGUUGACAGACAAGCGAUGAGAGGAAGUCCCGCCUCCGGGCCCGCCUGUGAAGCGCGACUCUUCUCUUGUUUCCGCCUCUGUGCCCGGGAGGAGGCGGGGCCGGGGAAACGGCUGAGGGACGCCGUCCUUGUUGAAGCUUUAUUGUUCCUCCUCCCUCGCGCCCACCUUCGCCCGUGUCCGCCGCCGCGCGGCUCCCAAUAAAGUUGAUUGGGAGCAAAACUAUACAUAACGUGAAGAGAACAGAGACUUCCAGGGAGCUAUGGAUCUUCCAAACUACAGCCAGCAACUACUUCAACAGCUCCAUACACUCUGCAGGGAACAGCAGUUCUGUGACUGUAGCAUCUUGGUUGGGACGAUGCAUUUCCGAGCACACAAGGUUGUGCUGGCAGCAGCCAGUGUGUUGUUCAGGUCUGUGCUGGAUGGCACAGACACAGUCUCCAUUGAUGCUUCUGUCGUUGCCCCAGAUGAAUUUGCGCUCCUGCUAGAAAUGAUAUAUACAGGCAAGCUGCCUCCUGGGAAGCACAAUUUCACCAACAUCAUAUCUGUGGCAGACAGUCUGCAGAUGUUUGAUGUGGCUGUCAGUUGCAAAACCCUUCUUGGGGACCUUCUGAGCUUUCCAAGUCAAGAAGAAGUGCUGAGGGACAUUUCUGUUCAGGCAGAGGAUGCAUCUAGUAAAGGUGUUGCCACUUUGGACAGUUCUCAUGCUGCAAAACUCAGUGUCAAAGUGAUGUUGCAUCCUGAGCAGGUUUCUUCUGGCUCUGCAGACUCUGUGGACCCCACCAGAGUGCAAGGACAGAGCACAUGUCAGAAAGCUUCAGGCAAGGAAACUCGGCUUCCUGAUUCUCAUAGCCAGGAUCCCAAAGUUCUCCCUCUGUGUCCAGGUGGCCAGAGCAUUUGUGAGGAAUGGGAGAGCACCAAACUGCCAGAGGAGAAAGACCUGGUUGGAGGUACAGGAAGCUCAGAAGAGGUGAAGCCUACAGCUGCCGUGCCCCAGGAAAGUAAGGAAGAGCUUCUAACGGAUUUGACACAGCUGAGGCCCAUCCAAGGGCUCUUGGACACAUCAGAGGAUGAUGCUUUCCUCUCUGGAGCAGAAAAGCAGGCUGCCAUGGACUGCUCUGAAGGCAGCUCACCCAGGGAAACUGCAGAGAAUCUGUUCAAGGAGGAGAAGAUCCUGAGCCCAGAGGCCCUAUCCAAGUUUCUUGGGGCCCUGAAAGCUCCUUUCCCUGGCCUGGGUCUCCUAAUGGACCGUUGGGUGGCUGCAGCAGUUGGCUCUGACAGCACAGUUGGCUCUAGUGACAGCAUUGCCACAGAAAUACUACUGAGGCAUCGCAAGCUGAUUUCCCAGGCCCUCCAGCAGGGAGCUGGUCUAGAGGAGUUGCCACCAGUAGAAGCAGACCUGGCCAAACCAGCCAAGGAGGUUCAGGAUGCUGUCCCUGGAUGCCAGUUGGUGAGCACUUGCCUGCAGGAGGUGGCCCCUGUGACCUCCUGGAGGGCAGCUCUGAGCAGUGCCCGGACCCACAAGCCGCUUCCUGCCACCCAGAUAUGCCAGCUCCUCUGCAGCAUUCAGGAGUCCUUCCCAGGCCUGCAGACAGUGAUGCAGGAACUACAGCAAGCUGGGCUCUUGACAGCUGUCGAUGGAGGGAAGGCCAGUGUCUGGAAAUGGAAGGUGAACAGCAUGUCUCAGGUUGAAGCGGUGGGCAAAGCGGAGCCCAAGGGGGGGCAAAGCCCAGAGGCCCCCAAGGGGGCCGCCUCCCCAAAGAGCUUUGCCUGCAAGGCCUGCGGGAAAAGCUUUCGCUUCUACUGCCGCCUGAAGGUGCACGAGAAGCGCUGCCGGGUGGCCCACCAGAAGCCGGCACAGUGCUCAGAGUGUGGCGAGGUGAAGGCCUCCAAGGCAGAGCUGGAGAAGCACCAGGUGGAGGCUCACGGCAAGCCAGGUGCCUCCCUGCGGAAGAAGAAGCCCAAGAAGCCCCGCCUCCCUGUGGCCUGCGACAUUUGUGGGCGGGAGUUUGCACACACAUCAGGGAUGCAGUACCACAAACUGACGGAGCACUUUGACGAGAAGCCCUUUUCCUGUGAAGAGUGUGGCGCCAAGUUUGCUGCCAACUCCACGCUCAAGAACCACCAGCGCCUGCACACGGGUGACCAGCCCUUCGCCUGCAAGCACUGCCUGAUGAGCUUUGCCCAAGCUUCGGCCCUCGCCUACCAUACCAAGAAGAAGCACGCCAAAGGGAAGAUGUACGCUUGCCAGUACUGUGCCGCCGUCUUCGCGCAGUCCAUUGAGCUUUCCCGCCACGUGCGCACCCACACAGGUGACAAACCCUACGUCUGCCGGGAAUGUGGGAAAGGCUUCCGCCAAGCCAACGGUCUCUCCAUACACCUGCACACCUUUCACAACAUUGACGACCCCUAUGACUGCCAGAAGUGCCAGAUGAGCUUCCCCACCCUGCAGGAGCACCAGAAGCACAUCCAUGCAGCCCACUCCAGGGAGUACCACCCAUGCCCAACCUGUGGGAAGGUUUUCAGUGCACCAUCCCUGUUGGAGCGCCACGUGGUCACCCACGUCGGGGGGAAACCUUUCAGCUGCCAGAUCUGCAACAAAGCUUAUCAGCAAUUGUCAGGGCUGUGGUACCACAAUCGGACUCAUCACCCGGACAUCUUUGCUGCUCAGAACCACCGGUCCUCCAAGUUCUCUUCGCUGCAGUGCAGCUCCUGCGAUAAGACCUUUUCCAGCACUGCAGCCCACAGGAGACACACCAAGGAAGAGCAUGCAGAAGUGACAUUCCAUGAGUGUGAGAAGUGCAAGAGACUCUUCCCUUCGAUCGCUUUGCUGCAGGCCCACGAGAAAAGCCAGCACUUGGGGUCUCAACCCCUCCACUGCCCACACUGCUCAGCUUCUUUCCACCUCCAGGGGGCACUGCAGCAGCACCUGGCCGCCAAACACACCAGCCCUUCAGAGCCUUCCUUGGUCUGCACACUCUGCGAGGAGGUCUUCCCUGGACAAGAGCAGCUGGAGCAGCACUCUGGUGCUGAGCACCCAAAGGUGGUGGUUGCCAGUUCACAAGUUCCGAUGGCCCAGGUAGUGCAGGUGCUUCAGACACCUGAGCCCGUGGUCACCGUGGCAGAGCCGGAAUUCGCUGACGCUCAGGUGUUUCUGACGUUACCAGAAGUACAGGGCACCAAAGUGGAGCACAGCUGGUGACGGUGAAUUCGGAAGACUUGCUGGAUGAAAAAAGUCACCGCGAUGCGAUAGCCUGCGCCAACCUGUGU